UUUAUUGAUAGAUGCAGCACUCAAAUCAUAUGCGGUUGUGAACUUUUUCAGAGAACAUCGACCUGAUUGUGCGCCGCUGGCGGAAUCUGCGCGACACAUUCGCCAAGAAGAUAAAGGAGUUGGCCAAGAAGAGCGGAGCAGGAGCAGGAGAACCUGUUUCAAAGUGGAAGUACUUCGACCUCAUGCUCUUCCUGAGGGACAUUGUAGAACCACGCCCAACAACAAGCAACCUGGAUGUUCCCAAUUCACUGGACGAGGUCCUCAGGGAUACCGACGACGACCCGUCAGCACUGUUUGGUUCAAUGCUGCCCCACCAAGGUGCCGGCAGUGAAGACACAACAGACAUUGAACUCCCACAUGAGGAUGACAUGACACAAACACGAUCAUCAACACCUCUCUCAAACAUUUCGCCCCAUGACCCCGCUCAAUCUACACAGCCUUCCUCCCUUUCUUCGCACUCCCCAACACAAACACACGAAGCUGCAUCCACUAUUACACGCACAACUUCUCAAACAAAAAGACACAAGAGGAAAUCACAAACAGACUUUAUGCUAUCUAGAGUGGAUGCCCAGCUGCAGGAAGAAAAACUGGGCAGAAGCGAGCAAUUUCUUCUCUCACUGGCAGAUGACAUGGAUAGUGUGCCAGUGCACCUAAGGGGGCAGUGCAAGGUGCACCUGCUGGAAGUGCUCCUGCACUACCAAGCGGGAGUCAUCCCGACAACGCUCAGUCCUGCAGUGCGGGCAGCUUUGCGUGAUGCGGAAACCAAUUAG